CCGGCCGGGCUGGGAGACCCGCGCUGGGGAGAAGGUGAGGGGCCGGGCGGGCAUCUCCGCACCGACCGGGACAUGAGCGCUUGGAAAUCUGUCUGCGAGCGGACCCAUGAUCGACGGAGCAAAAGAGCCGCGUGAUCGCCGGACCUGGCUCUGCGACCCUAGACAUGGGCCAGACCUCGGUCUCCACGCUGUCCCCGCAGCCCAGCAGCGUUGACGGACUGGACAAGGCGUCUCUCGCGAACUCAGAUGGCCCAGCAGCAGGUUCCCAAACACCCCCCUUCAAGAGGAAAGGGAAGCUCUCCUCCAUUGGGAAAAUCUUUAAGCCUUGGAAAUGGAGGAAAAAGAAGACCAGCGACAAAUUUAGAGAAACCUCAGCAGUAUUGGAAAGGAAGAUAUCCACGAGACAAAGUAGAGAGGAGCUGAUAAGAAGGGGAGUUCUUAAGGAGUUGCCUGAUCAAGAUGGAGAUGUAACAGUUAACUUUGAAAAUUCAAACGGGCACAUGAUACCCAUCGGAGAGGAAUCUACCCGAGAGGAGACUGUAGUAAAAUCUGAAGAAAGUAAUGUCUCUGUAGCUGAAAAAGCGCCACCUGUGGAGGAAAAGGCAGAAGAUAAGAAAGAGAAUACUGAAAACCACUCUGAAACACCAGCAGCUCCUGCUCCACCUCCUUCAACUCUUCCUAAGCCUAAAUCCAAACCUAGGCCCCCCAAAACACCUGUGCCUCCAAAAGGGGCUGCUGCUGGGGCCAGCCCCAAGGGUGACGAAGUGCCUCCUAUUAAAAAAUAUUCCAAGACAUCCGGUAAGCAGGCCCCCACCCCUCCACCCAAGCCAACAAGCCGAAACACGACCCGAGAGGCUGCCGGUUCCUCUCAUUCAAAAAAAACAACUGGCUCCAAAGCAUCAGCUUCACCAUCUACUCCCUCCACCUCAUCUUGUCUCAGAACUUCAAAGGAGACCGUUGCUAGCAAGACGGGGACAGUGGGAGUUGCAAAGGGCAAGAAAAAAACUGGCAAGCGGCCCACGGCUCGGCCAUCCCCAGAUGCCACCACUGCUGGUACGUCCGACCUUAAAGGAGAGCCUCCGGAGACCAAGGUGGAGAGUGUCAAAGCGGAGCAGACCGGCCCUGGGACGGAGGAGCCCAGCACAGGCAAAGCCAAGUCUGCAGUCCCUCUGCCCCCUGGGGCCCCGCCGCCCGCGCCCCCCGCCCCUCCCCUCGUGGAGGAGCAGUGCCUGUUCGCCUCAGACACUCCUGUCGUCCUGGUCAGCGAUGGGGACGACCUGCCCGUCCCUGCCUUAGACCCAAGUCAGCUUCUCUGGACUGAAGCGCCGGCGAACGGAAGCCCCGUCCACUCAGGCACUGGCUUAAGUGUUAGCAGAGAAAAUGCAAAAUGUGUCACAACCAAAGACGAGCUGGGAAGGGCGCAGCUGCUGGCUCCGGGGCUGCUGGGCGAAGCUUCGGAAUCCCCGGAGGACGAGGGCCAAAGGGAGUACCGGGCCAACGACUCCGACUCCGACGGGCCCGUCCUGUACACCGACGACGACGACGAGGACGAGGACGAGGGCGGCAGUGGGGAAAGCGCUUUGGCAAGUAAAAUCCGACGAAGGGACACUCUAGCUAUCAAACUUGGCAACAGACCGUCCAAAAAAGAACUGGAGGACAAGAACAUCUUGCAGCAGACAUCUGAAGAAGAGAGGCAGGAAAUUCGACAGCAAAUUGGAACCAAGCUGGUCAGGAGACUUAGCCAGAGGCCCACAACUGAAGAAUUAGAGCAAAGGAAUAUCCUAAAACAAAAGAAUGAAGAAGAAGAACAAGAAGCAAAAAUGGAACUUAAACGCAGACUCAGCAGAAAGCUCAGCCUGAGACCCACAGUAGCAGAGCUACAAGCUCGAAGGAUCCUGCGGUUUAACGAGUAUGUGGAAGUCACCGAUUCUCCCGACUACGAUCGCCGGGCAGACAAGCCCUGGGCCAGGUUGACACCUGCAGACAAGGCAGCAAUAAGGAAAGAACUAAAUGAAUUUAAAAGCACAGAAAUGGAAGUUCAUGAAGAGAGUCGACAGUUUACAAGGUUUCAUCGUCCGUAAUGAGGAACGAGACUCUUUGGAAACAUAGACUGAUCAUCUGUGGGGGAAGCUGUGCUUCCCGAGCACCUGAAAUUGCACUGGGGUUUGAUUGUGUGUGUUUCCAUCGAACUGUGGUGACGGAAGUAUGUGGAAAGUGCUCCCCACCUAUACAGCCCCAGUGUGGCCAACAAGCAGGGGGAUAUAGUGACCCUGCUGUCCAGCACGUGUGUUGAUGGUAAGGGACACAGUGGUGACACCAGUUAUUCUUCAUCAGGGCUUUUAAUCAAAGAAGAUGAGCAGAAGACAAUCACUGGCCCCCUGUGAUCAGAACGCCAAAGUUUAGAGUGUGGGUUAGGGCAAAAAUAUGGGGAAUGGAAUGGCUGGGCACUGGAAAGGGGUGGGGGUUGAAAAACAGAAAGAGAAAAUUUUCAUUAUGUUAAUGAAAAAAAGAGAAAAUUGAAGCAUAAAUGUAUUUUUGAAGUAGGCUUUUGAUAGCUGAGAACUUAUUAAGGGAUUCGGGGAUCUAAUCACCCACUGUGGAGUCCUUAGAGACCUGGUCCUAGAAGAAUAUUCUCUCACCAUUAUGUUGGUACAGUACAGUACCAUUAUUUUAUGUUGUGCCAGUGAAUCCAAUUGCCACAAAUAACUCUGAGUGUUUUCAUGCAUCUUUUCCUUAAAUGCAAGACGCUUUUGUGGACUCUUGACAAGCAUGCUUACCCAAAUUCUGUUGCAUGCUUUAAGUAGCAUACCUAUAAACACUUUACUUUUUUUUUUAAUACUCUUUACCUAUUGUACCAACCUUCCACAAGGAUAACAGGACUGGGAAUAAAGUCAGAUGUGAUGUGACCCUGUUAAUCUGUAGCAAGCUUUAGAAGUAAAUCUUUUGGUCUUACCCUAGCUUGAUUAUCUCCGAAGUCGAAACCACCACGUUUGAUCUAAGGAAGAUAAUAAUGACAGUGAUAUCUUUUUUAAAAAACUGAAUCCAAAAUUAAAAUUUAAGCAAAAUGCAAGUGUUCUGCCAGCAGUUAGUUCUGAGUGGGACUGCAAAGGACUACUUCUUUUCAGUGCUGCAUUAAGUUGGAUUGCUGCUAUCACAAAGUUAAAGCACCUGGAUCGUAGAAAUACUCACCCAAAGACAUAAAAGAGCACAGAAAAGUUUGGCUAAAGAGUGGGGAGACUCUCCUUUGGUGUUUUAUGAAAUCUGUAGGUUGCACUCAUAAAUAUAACACUGACUCUCAGUGUAAAAAAUAGGUGACUUUAAAGUUGUGGAAGGUUUCCCUGUGAGCCUACAGUCAGUAUUGUUUACAUGAAGAAACCCUCUCUUCUCGUCUUGCUAUUUUCCAUGGAGCCGCAGGCACAGCGUGGCUUCUGCUCCCAGACACACAUGACCGUAUGUAAAUACUACCUUGCAUUUUAUUGUGUUGUUGUUUUUUUUUCACGACUGUUUUGUGGCCCUUUUAUUAAAAACACAUGAUGGGUAUCAUAAGACAAAAUCUAAAUAGACUGAAUUUUAUUCUCAGAGGUUGGACUAGAAUUUUCUGAAAUGAUUCUGAUUCAUACUAUGGCAGACUAUAAUUUUCUAUUUCAACCAAAAAGCAAACAUUUCAUCUGGUGGAUAAAUUUGGAUCCUGCCAUUUAUUGAUAUUUUAAAGAACCACUUGAAAUUGGAUGAUUUUGCUUAACAGUAAAAAAAAAAAAAAAAUGUGGGCCCCAGUUAGUCUAUUGCAAAACACCAGUUCCAUUCACAGCUAGAAAAGUGGCCAGCAUCACCGCUCCUCUUGCUGUGCUGGGCUGCAUGGGAAGAAAUGUUUCUGCACGCCCGGUGUCCUGCUCUGGCUGAGGGUUAGUCCAUUUCACAGUGUUGAAAUCCAGCCAUAGACAUUACCUAUGUUCUAAUUUUUUGCUGAACUCAUCCUCUUCCUUACAUUAUUUUAUUCUCAUGGGAAAAAUACCAAGGAAUGUAAUGUUAUUUCAAUUAUCCCUACUUAGGAUUUUUGAACAUUGUUUUGAUUUCUGAUUACACGGCCUUGUCUCCAUAAAAAUGGUAAAUGUAAGACAUCACUGUUUUAUCAUUCAAUAUACAUGUCAAAGGAAGUCCCCAGUUAGUUGAUAAAAGGAACAGGGUAUUUUUCCCUACAGCGGUGCCUGUAAUACAAUCUUUCAUUCCUACAAUGAGGUGCUCGCGACCAAAAUGAGAGUCCACCGCCUCAGUGUGUGUUUUUUUCUUGUAUGAUAGGUCGGAUUUAUGAACUACCCACACCUUUUCUUCAUACUAACUUACAAGCUUAGAGAAAAAUUUUAAAGUAAAAAAAAAAAAACACAAC